UGGCCACCAGCCUCGUUCGGAAGAAUGGAACAACGAAAGUCAGUACGAGAUACACUGAUUCAAAAUGUUGGAUUCUGUCCCAAAGAUGCACUAGGAUGGUUAUACGCAGCACGAGGAUACUACAAAAUUCACGACUACCAUGCCGUUAUAGAAUGCGUUACACCGGCUCUACGAAAUGAUCGAACAAAACGAGAAGCGCAGCAUCUUCUUGCGUUUAGUUUCUUACAUACUGGACAGGCGGAGGCGGCUGCAGGGGCUUUUUUCAAGUCGAUUAAUGCUGGGAAUGAUACUGAUUGGCAACCUUUGGUGGAGUUAUUGAUUGAGAAUGAUGGGUUGAAGCUAACGUGAUUGUUGGGCACAUCAUUGUAAAUAUAAUGUGAGUGAAUUCGGAUAGAUAAUUUUAUUGGCACCAAAAAGUUGUUAGUUUUGAGAGUAUAUUUUUCU